UUUCUUCUUGCACUGUCACCAAACCUUAAGUGCACAAAAAAUAAUGAGUUUCAACACAUUAUUCUCCUCACUACGUGGUUUCUCAUUGUGUCCUUCUUAAGUCACUGCAUCGUCCGACUGGUCCGGGAAGGCAUCACAAAUCAACGACAGGAAUGGUCGUUUGCGGGUUGUAAUAAUUAGAUAAAGCUCCAAGAAAGAAGAGGAUUGUUCCUGUUCAAUGGAUUGAUCGGUCUGCGUUUGUUUUAAACUUCAUGUCAUGCAUGCAGCUGGGUGUCACGUCUGUACAUCCCCAACUCCUGAGACAAUGUGUUGCCAGUAGUUGGAGGCUCUUCCUCCCUCUUGCCUCAGUUUCUCCCAUCUGCCCCCAUCAGUACCUGACUUCCCUAUGUUAACCCUCUUGAGCAUGUUUUACUAUAUAUGUCUACGGCGGCGCUCCAGGAGUGGGACUCGAGGUGAGGCCCUGAACAGUCGGCGGGCCGUGGAGUCUGGCCAGCGAGCGGUCCUACCGGUCAAUGUGGAGGUAGAGCAGUAUGCCAAGGAGGUUCUGGACUUCAGCUCCCACUAUGGCAGUGAGAACAGCAUGUCGUACACCAUGUGGAACCUGGCGGGGGUGCCCAACGUGUAUCCCAGCUCAGGAGACUUCACUCAGACAGCUGUGUUCAGGGCCUACGGGACAUGGUGGGAACAAUGUGCUAGUGCUCCCCUGCGUUUCCGCCGAACCCCCCAUGGCUUUUACAGCCAGGAUUACAUUGAGCUGGGAUUUGAGGAGCCCGUCUACCCUACCGCAGUCGAGGUGUUUGAGACCUAUUACCCUGGAGCCAUCGUUCAGAUCCUGGCCUGCUCUCACAACCCUUUCUCUCAGAACCCACCCACUGAUGUCAGGUGGGAAGUGUUGUGGUCCGGUGAGCCCACCAAGAUGCUGACUCCCCAAGCGCGCCAGUUUUCCCCAAAAAUUAAGCAUAUCAACUUCCCCACCAAUCUGCUGCGUCUGGAGGUCAACAGCUCCCUGCUGGAUUACUACACCGAGCUGGACGCCGUCAUCCUGCGCGGGGUGAAAGAGCGGCCCAUGCUGGCACUUUAUAAGAUGCCCCUCAUCGACAUCGGGGACCUGAGUGGCAGCGAGGAGGACCUGUCGGACCUGGGAGGCCCUUUCAGGCUAGGAGGAGACGGCAAGCACCCGAUGACAGGCAACGGCUACUUUGACAAACUGCCUUACGAGCUCAUCCAGCUGAUACUGAGCCACCUGACCCUGCCAGACCUCUGCCGUCUGGCCCAGAGCUGCAAGCUGCUGCACCAGCACUGCUGCGACCCGCUGCAGUACACCCAGCUGAGUCUCCAGCCCUACUGGGCCCGGCUGAGUGACGCCUCCCUGGGACACCUGCAGAGCCGCUGCACCCUCCUCCAGAGGCUCAACCUGUCCUGGACCGGCAACCGCGGAGCUCUCACCCUGACGGGCUUCAGCAGUUUCCUGAAGGCCUGUGGUCUCAGCCUGGUCUGCCUGGAAAUGUCAUGCUGUCACUUCCUGAAUGAAGCCUGUCUGGAGGUCAUCUCCCAGACCUGCCCUGCGUUGCAGGAGCUCAAUCUGUCCUCCUGUGACCGCCUCCACCCACAGGCCUUCACACACAUCUCCAAACUCACACACCUCCGCAGGCUGGUGCUCUACCGGACCAAGAUAGAGCAAACGGCCAUCCUCACCAUUCUGACCUUCUGUGUGGAGCUGAGACACCUCAACCUGGGCAGCUGUGUGAGGAUUGAGGACUAUGAUGUCGUUGCCAGCAUGCUGGCCACUCGCUGUCGCAAACUCUGCUCUCUGGACCUGUGGCGCUGCAGAAACCUCACAGAUCGAGGGCUGACUGAGCUCGUGUUUGGUUGCAGGACGCUGGAGGAGCUGGACCUGGGCUGGUGUCCCACACUGCAGAGUAGCACUGGAUGUUUUCAGCAGCUCGCCCGCAGCCUGCCCCGACUGCGCAAGCUGUUCCUCACCGCCAACCGCACAGUCUGCGACUCAGACAUAGAAGAGCUGGCUGCCUGCUGUCCCUCGCUGCAGCAUCUCGACAUACUUGGUACACGGUUGGUAAGUGCUGCCUCGCUGAAGAAACUCCUCCAGUCCUGUCCUCAACUCCGCCUCCUGGACAUCUCCUUCUGCUCGCAGAUAGACAUGCGGGUUGUCCAAGAACUCUCCGGGCUCUUCCCCAAGGUGGGCAUCAGGAAAAGUUUCACUCAGUGACCCCGGCAUCAUCUCCGUUCUCACUGCUGAGCGGGAGCAACUGGAGGGAGUUAACUUGCAAGCAGAUGCUGCUUCUAAACAGGUCAGGGGCAGGUCAGGUACCAGAGGAGAAUGUGUACCUGCCUUCGCCUGCAUCACAGGGAUCGUCUCUGAUGGGUCAGUAAAUAAUAGACUGACACUACGUGAGGAGGUCUUUGGGAUUCUUUUUUUUUUUAAGUGACUGAACAUGAACCACUAAAGGUUUCUAGUCUCUCCAAGUGUAGAAGGAGGACAUUUUUCUGUUGUCAUUUUGUGUGAUCAUUAGAUUUAUCAGGGUUGUUGCACUAAAGCUGCUACAGCUUCCCACAGUCAGAAACUCCUCAUACAAUUUGUAUUGCCAAAUAAGAUGCGAUGAUGAAAUUUACCUUGAUAUAAGAUGCAAGAAUAACGUAAGAUUUGUGAGCGACCCUGUCUUCGACAGGAGAAAAGGGAGGAACCCCAGGAGAGUGACACAUGCGACUUAAAGGUUGGGCCUUUGCUCAGUGCCUUCUUGGAUUGUGGAAGAUUAAAUGGGCCUAAUUAAUAUUCUCACUGAUUACAAAUCUGUAUCAUUCUUGAUAUAGAGGCUGAUUUCCCUGAUUGGAUAAACACUGCACUUUUCAUUUGAAGAAAAUUCAAAUAUUGUUUUGAGGUCUGAAUAUAAUGUCUGUGCCAUGAUUUUGUCAAAAUAGAUCAGGAUUGUAGUUUAGGCACUCACCUCUCUCCUACAGCUCUUGUUAAUUGCAGCCAGUUUUAAUAGAGCUACUCCAUCCUUCUCCUCUGCAGGGUCUGGUACUUUUGAAAAUGAUGUUGCAGCCUACUCUACAGUGCAUUUGCAAAGUAUAUUUGGACAUAAAUCACAUGCUUUAUACUGUCAAAGCAUGUUUCACCAGAUAAGAAACAAUAUAGUGUGUAGCCUUUGAGUUCACAACAAAAUACACAAGAAACUAAGCUCAACACCAAAAUGAGGGAAAGAAAGACAAGGAAAGCAACUUUACGUGAUUUCUAACCCGAACUCUUUUCGUCGCAUUCAUUGAAUAUUUCCUCACUAGCUGCUAGCCUCAUUAUUAUACGUGUCCCUCAUACAGAGCCAUGGCUCUGUAAACCGGAAACAGAGGAGGGAAUCUGCCUCUCAGACCGUUACAAACAUGGCUCCAUCCACUCACCGACUGGGGUUCAUGCUUGUACGCGUACAGUAGGGGAGGAGGGAGAGGUUUGAGAGGGUUCAUUAACGCUCCAUGUUUUCUUAAUGUUCUACUUCAAACAUCAACAGAUGUGACAUUUUCCCGAAGUCGCCCACCCUGUUUCCCUUUUCUCAGGUACUUAAUUUAUCUUGUCUGCAGUUUGGCUCAUUUAAAUGUACCGGAGUGUGUUCAACAAUCUCAACACAGCUUGGGAUUCUGAAGUAAUGCGACAGUCAUCUCACACUUUGUAGACUCAAUCCACGCACGCUUUGAUGCUGGACUUCAGUCCGUUCCCCCUUUGUGUUUUGCUUUAAGAGGCCGGUGAAAAAGAUUUUCAACCCUGGAUUUCUACAUUUAAAGUAAUUCUUCAGAAAAGUAGCACGCCAAGCUGACAUAACAUCUUUAAGUCAGUGAUUUUGAUUUAAUAUAUCAAAGUGUAGCCAGGCACUAUCAGCUUGUUUGGCUCACUCUUUCUUUCAUGUAGUAUUCACUUUUUCCUUUUCUAAAUAUUCUGGGGGCUGUCUUAUACCUUGUAAAAAAAUUAUAAUAAAAAAAAACCUGAGACAUGCAAAAAAAAAAAA